AUCACAAGGGUCGGUAUGUCAUUUUAGCAAGAAAUGUUCACCAUCCCACGAACGCGGUUAUUUACAAGAAUAACUUCCAUUAGUGUUGCACCUCGGCAGUGGAGUGGUGUGAACAUAGAACCAAGGAUCCCCAAAUAUAACCGCCCACUUUGUACAUCUAGCAUGGCAACGGAAAGUCGUCAUGACGCCUUUUCCAACCCAGAAGUUCAGAAAAUGUUACUAGACUUGCACAAACUAAUGAUACAAGAUUUGAUAAAUGCAGAAACUAAAACAUCACCAGUGUGCAACUUCAAGCAACCAGAAGACUUAAUGAAAACAUUAGAUCUUAACAUUGGAAAUGAUCCUACUACAUACGACGCCAUUUUGACGGCUUGUAAAAGUGUGAUGGACCACUGUGUGAAGACGGCAAGCCCUCGUUUCAUGAACCAAUUGUACAGUGGAAUCAACCCAAGCUGCCUGGCCGGUUCUUGGUUGACGGAAAUACUAAACACUAACUUACACACAUAUGAAGUCGCACCGGUGUUUGUUCUGAUGGAGAAAUACAUGAUGAAGAAAUUAACAUCUCUGUUGGGAUUUGAAAAUGGAGACGGUGUAACAACUCCAGGUGGUUCCUUUGCAAACAUGCUUGGAAUGCAUUUAGCCAGACUCCAAGUUGAUCCAAACAUAAAAUCAAACGGCAUGGGGAGCAGCAGGAAGUUGGUCUUAUUCACUUCAACUGAGGCUCAUUACUCCAUUGUAAAAGGAGCGAGUUUCCUAGGAUUUGGUGAAAAAAAUAUCAUAAAAGUAGAAACUGAUGAAAGAGGAAUGAUGAAGGCAGAUGUUCUGGACCAAAAAUUGAAAAUGUGCAAAGAUGAGGGUAAUGUACCUGCUUUUGUCAUGGCGACAACUGGAUCAACCGUUUUAGGAUCAUGCGAUGACCUGAAUGCAAUUGCAGAUGUAUGCGAAAAGCACAAAAUAUGGAUGCAUGUUGAUGCUGCCUGGGGUGGAGGUGUUAUUCUUUCUGAAAAGCACAAACAUUUAAUGAACGGAGUACACAGAGCAGAUUCGGUAGCUUGGAACAUUCAUAAAAUGAGCACUGGUCUUAUUCAAUGCUCUUUGUUUUUGGUCAAGAAAAAGGGGCAGUUAGAGGAAUGUAAUAGAUUCAACGCUGAAUAUUUGUUUCAACCUGACAAACACUAUGAUGUGUCUUAUGAUAUCGGAGACAAAACGAUACAAUGUGGACGUAAAGUGGACAUAUUCAAAUUAUGGUUGAUGUGGAGAUCACGAGGCGAUACUGGGAUGGCAAAGCAGGUUGAAAAUUCCUUUGAAAAUGCCAAGCAUCUUUUAGAUGGAUUGAAGAGAAGAGAAGGGUUCCGUGUUGUUCUGCCAGAGUUUCAGUGCCCUAACAUUUGUUUCUGGUAUAUACCCAAGAGACUCAGAGGAAAAGAGGAAAAUAAAGAAUGGUGGGGAGAAAUAUCAAAGAUUGCUCCUCAGAUCAAACGUAAAAUGAUGGAACAAGGAACAAUGAUGAUUGGCUACAAUCCUUUGACGACCAAGGGAUAUGUCAAUUUCUUCCGUGUAAUCAUUACAAAUCCAAUGGCUACUAAAGAAGACAUGGAUUUUAUACUCGAUGAAAUGGAUCGCCUUGGAAGUGAUCUAUAACAAUGAAGAAAGAAUAGUUUGAGGACAAAUUAUUCAGUGGAAAUACCUCAAUUUUUCCUUUUCCUUUUGAGUGCUUUGCUGAUAAGUAAAUGUAAUAAAUAUGAAAUAAAGUCUCAAAAUCACUUAAA